AUGGGCGACCGAAGCGAUCGGAGCCGCUCGCCGGUGGCGAAGGAUCCGUUCGGCUUCAAGCUGCAGGGCCGCAAGGCGCUGGUCACCGGGGGCUCCAAAGGCAUCGGCCGCGCCUGCGCGGAGCAGCUGCUGCGCCUCGGCGCGGAGGUCGCCAUCUGCGCGCGUGGGGAGGCGGAGCUGCAGAAGGUGGCCCAGCAGUUCCCGGAGAAGUGCCACGCCAUUGUUGCGGACCUCUCCUCCGAGCAGGGCGUCAAGGACCUGAUGUCCAAGUUGCCCUGGAAGGAGUUGGACAUCUUGGUGAACAACUGCGGCACCAACAUACGCAAAAAGGCUGAAGAGUUUGAGAAAGAAGAGUUCGCCAAAGUCUUCGACACCAACUUCAUGUCCUGCAUGUGGUUGAGCCUCUCCGCUUUGCCGCUGCUGCGGGCCUCAGACAAGUCCCAGGGCCGCACCGCCGCAGUGGUGAACAUCAGCUCUGUGGCAGGUUAUACCCACAUUCCCUCGGGCUUCCCAUACGCCGCCUCCAAGGCUGCAAUGAACCAAAUGACGAAGAACCUGUCGGUGGAAUGGGCCCGCUUUGGCAUCCGCGUGAAUGCGGUGGGACCGGGCGCCAUUGAGACACCCUUGAUGGAGACGGCCAGCAAGACCUACUUGGCAGACUUCAAGGACCGAAAGCCUUUGGGGCGCCUGGGGCAGGUGGGCGAGGUGGCUCGCCCGGUGGCGUUCCUGGCCAGUGAGGCGGCGUCCUUCAUCACGGGACAGACGCUCUACGUGGACGGGGGCUUUACCGCCACGAGCUUCAAUCGGGCGCCGGGGUAUGCCUUUUUAUGCUACAAUGCGCGCAUGAGCUCGCUUUGCAUGUGCCCGCCCGCUUUUGUGCUUGGCAACUGGUCAGAGUUCAUCUUUCACAGCUUUCGGAUCUUGCCUGCAGCCAUCAAGUCUCAGAUGCUGCAAGUCCUGGGCCUUUCCCCUGGCCCUUGGUCGCCUUCGCCUCGUUGCCUCGCGCCACCUCCGCGGAGCUUCCCGCGCGCGCGGCGACUGCCGCGGCGACUGCCGCGGCGACUGCCGCGCAUGGCGCGGCCGGAGCGCAGCCGCUCGCCGCGGCGAGCGGUGGCGGAUGCCAUGGGCAUGGAGUUGGAGGGCCGCAAGGCGCUGGUCACCGGGGGCUCCAAAGGCAUCGGCCGCGCCUGCGCGGAGCAGCUGCUCCGCCUCGGCGCGGAGGUGGCCAUUUGCGCGCGCGGAGAGGCUGAGCUGCAGCAGGUGGCUGAGCAGUUUCCGGGGAAAUGCCACGCGCUGACCGCGGAUUUGUCCAAAGAAGAAGGCACCAAGGAUCUCUUGGCCAAGUUGCCCUGGAAAGAGCUGGACAUCUUGGUGAACAACUGUGGCACCAACGUGCGCAAGAGGGCCGAGGACUUUAGACGAGAAGACUUCGACCAGGUCUUCAAUACCAACUUCAUGUCCUGCAUGUGGCUGACCAUGGCCGCACUGCCGUUCCUGCGCGCCGCCAAUGCGCGGCGCAGCUCGCAACGCGGCGCCGCGGUGGUGAACAUUAGCUCAGUGGCAGGUUGUACUCACAUCCCUUCCGGUUUUCCCUAUGCCGCCUCCAAAGCGGCCAUGGAUCAGAUGACUCGGAACCUGGCGGUGGAGUGGGCGCGCUUCGGCAUCCGUGUGAACUCUGUGGCGCCGGGGGUCAUCGAAACACCUUUGGUGAAGGCGGCCAACCCGACGUACAUCGGGGACUUCCGGGGCCGGAAGCCGCUGCAGCGCCUGGGCCGCGUGGAGGAGGUGGCGCGGCCCGUGGCCUUCCUGGCCUCCGAGGCGGCGGCCUUCAUCACGGGCCAGACGCUGUAUGUGGACGGCGGCUUUACCGCCACCGGGUUCAAUGAGGUGCCCGGAUAUUGGGAGGAGACGCAGGACAAGUGA